CGCUCCGCAGCGCUGCGUGGACGAAUAACGGAGUUGUGUGAAAGUGGGAGAAGUCGCGUUUCCGGCAUCCUGACAGCCCCCACGAUGAAGAAGAACAGCUCCGGGAAACGGGGUCCGGCAGAACCCGGCCAGCAGAACCCAGCACCGGACAAAACGGGCUGGAUCAGGAAGUUCUGUGGGAAGGGGAUCUUCAGGGAGAUCUGGAAGAACCGCUUCGUGGUUCUGAAAGGAGACCAGCUGUUCAUCUGUGAGAAGGAGGUGAGUCAGGGGGCGGGGCUUAUAGCGGAGCGGGCGGGGCUUAUGUCACGAGAGGCGGGGCUUAGAGCGGAGCGGGCGGGAAGUAAGUCACCUGCACGGCGCUGCGUGCCUCCUGUSCUGCAGGUGCCCAACCAGGUGUUCCUGGCCGUCAGCCCGGAGGAGAAGGACUCCUGGAUCAACGUCCUGAACACAGCCAUCACCAGAGCCAAGAACCGGAUCCUGGAUGAGGUGACGGUGGACGACUCCCAGCUGUCUCACCUGACCAGAGACCGAGUGAAGAUCCCUCAUAACCGCCGGCUGCCCACCAGAGGCCACCUGCUGGCUGUGGCGUCCACCUCCUCCUCGGACGGGAUGCUGACCCUUGACCUCAUCCAGGAGGAGGACUCCGCGUCUCAUAAAGGCGUCGCCUCAGAACCRCCGGCCCGGCCCGGUCCGGACUGUCCCAGGUCCCAGACGGACGGGUCGCUGGCGGACCGGACCGCUGAGUCGUCCUCCAAGUCCCAGAGUCUUCCCUGCGAGACGGCCGUGUGGGAGAAGACGGGUUCGGCCCAGACCCCCCAGCCGGACCGGCGGCUCGGCGCCGCGGAGAAGAACCGCUGCGCCUCCAUGGACGAGAUUCUGAACCCGGACGCCAAGAACCAAACCCCGACCGGAACUGGCAGAACCGCGGCACCGCUCGGCCGGCUACAGGAGCUCAUUGACCAGAAGCUGGAGCGGACGGAGCGGCUACUGCUGGAGGUCCGGGCCGACGCCGAGCCGGGUGGCGCCAAGGGCGGGAAGCCGGCGCCGGACGGCCCGCGGGCCGAGGCGGAGCGGCUCCUGAAGGAGGCGGCCGCUGCCUGGACCCAGUCCCGGCAGGUUCUGGACGAGGUCCAGGAGCUGAAGGCGCUGUACCGCCAGCUGGAGCCCGGCUGCCCCAACAGCACCAAACCCAACCGUAAGAGCCUGAUGUGAACCGGGCCAGACCAGAACCACAGCCCGGUUCUGGACUCUGCUGGGUCCUAAAGACUUCCCGGGUGUUCCGAAGAGCAGAACCUCAGAUUCCGUUUCCCUCAUCAAGCCUGUCAGAAGUUCCUGUUCUGUUGGACCUGGCCGGGUCCCUGAAGCUCCGCCCACAAACACCUGAACAUCAGGUGUCUUCUCAGGUUUCUGUGGCUUCAGGAAGAACUUUGACCCGAGGUUCUGGUUGGACAGACUCCUGGGUUUGGACCC